GUCCUUUCCGAGCCGGGCGAAGGGGAGAGUCUGAGGGUCACGGCGGCGGCGGCGGCUGAGGGAGGGGAGGCCGGGGUCCGAGGGCAGGAGAGCUCGGGGUCCGGGGCCUGAGGGAGCAGGAGCCCGGGGGUAGGAGAGCUCGGUGUCCGAGGCCUGAGGUGUCCGGGAAGCGGGAAGGGGAGCUCGGUGUCCGAGGCCUGAGGUGUCCGGGGCCUGACGUGUCCGGGGGAAGCGGGAAGGAGAGCCCGGGGUCCGGGGCCUGACGUGUCCGGGGGAAGCGGGAAGGAGAGCCCGGGGUCCGGGGCCUGACGUGUCCGGGGGAAGCGGGAAGGAGAGCCCUGUGUUCGGGUCCGGGGGAAGCUCGGUCGGUCUGUCCCGGGGAGGGGGAGCGGAGUCUCCGGGGGGGGGGGGGGUCACUAUGGCUGGGAAGACGAGCGCCAUCGCGGCCGGCCUGUGCGGCGCCCUGUUCAUCGCCUACUGCAUCUACUUCGACCGCAAGCGGCGCAGCGACCCGGACUUCAAGAACCGGCUGCGGGAGCGGAGGAGGAAGCAGAAACUUGCCAGACAAAAGGCUGGACUCUCACGGCUCCCAGACCUGAAAGACGCAGAAGCUGUGCAGAAGUUUUUCUUAGAAGAGAUCCAACUGGGUGAAGAGUUGUUGGCACAAGGUGACUACGAGAAGGGUGUGGACCACUUGACGAACGCUAUUGCUGUUUGUGGACAACCUCAGCAGCUCCUGCAGGUGCUGCAGCAGACUUUGCCUCCGCCUGUCUUCCAGAUGCUGCUGACCAAGCUGCCAACCAUUAGUCAAAGGAUCGUGACUGCACAGAACCUGGUUGAAGAUGAUGUGGAGUGAGCUACCUGUGACAGGCUGGAUGACGUGCACAUACAGCCCUCUUCGCCUGCCCCUCUCUCCUUCAUUGUAUAUAUUUAGCAUAAGAUGGACUCUGGAUUGAAACUGAGAGAUUUAAGCUCAAGUAUAGCCCUCUUCACAAGAAGUUCCUAUAGCAUCACUUUAUUUAUUGUGCCAGUGUGCCGGCAGUAUUUUGAUACUAAAUUGAUGGAUUUUGUGUUGCAGUUGCAGUGCUGAUAGUGAAGUUGUUUCUCAGCUUAACUGUAUCAGAAAUGUACUGACACAGGAUGUGUUGGGGUUGACAACAGGAAAGUUCAUUCCUUGCACAUCUGGAACUCUCAAACCCAGAGCUCCACAGCUGCCUGAUUUAAAAUGAAUGCUGAUCAUAAGAGAUUUUUAAUAAAGUUAUCUUUAUUUGAAGCAUCUUCUGUUGGGGAGGGUUUAAUGUAGGUUUUUGUGAAACUGUGGAAUUAAGCCAUAGUGGUAGAAUGCACCAUUUCAAAUCGUGUUUUUUGACCUGAUUAUUCUGUUGAUGUAUUAAUUUUAGAUCGUUAAUAAUUAAGGCCUCAGCACUGAUCACUGUGGCAUCCCACUACUUACUGAUUGUCUGAGAAAAACUCAUUUAUUUUCUGUUAGCCACUUCACUAUCCAUGCCAAUAUAUUACCCCCAACCAUGUGUACUCUUGUGCAGCAAUCUUUUAUGUUGACUCUUUAUUGAAUGCCUCUGGAAAUGCAAAUACAGUAAAUCUGUCGUU